AUGGACUCGAUGCCUGGCUUGGAGUUGUUCAACUCGUACGAACAAGAGUUCAACGAUCUCGUCAUCAGCAUCCGCAAUGCGCUGAAUGUGGAUGCCAAGAACUCGGUUGGGGAACAAAGGAAGGCGGUGCUGAGAAGGGUGGAACGAGACUACGAAGAGGCCGAGGAAAUCCUCUCUCAGAUGGAUGUCGAACUCCAGUCUCUUGACAGGGCGCUCAAGCCUACCAUCAGCCAGAAACUGAAGUCCUUCAAGUCUGAACUGGCCGCCUUCAAAACACAAAUCACACAAGCGCAUUCGCAAGCGACAAGUUCAGAGCUGCAUUCAGAUUCGCCAUACCAGCAAGACUCGGAUCUCUCGGCGUCGACCAAAGCCCAGCAGGCCCAACGCGAGCGGCUCUUAAAGGCCAACCAGCUGCUCGAGUCCAGCUCCGAUCGGCUCGAUUCCAGCCAUCGCAUCGCCCUCGAAUCUGAGCAGCUGGGCUCCAGCAUCCUGCGCGACCUGAGAGGACAGCGGGAACAGAUCGAGAACACCCGAGAUACCUUGAGAGAAGCAGAUGGACAUCUCGAUAAGGCCAGUAACACACUCAACAAGAUGAUCCGAAGGAUGUACCAGCAACGUGUGAUUUCAGGGGUGAUAAUUGCAGUCCUGAUUUUACUAAUCUUAUUUAUCUUGUAUUCCAAAUUCAAAUAA